AUUUUUACUCAAUUAACAUUCUGUUUAUUAUUUAGGAUUUAUAACUAAUUAAUUGUAGAUAUAAAAUACAAAAAUGAAAGCCCUUAUUCAACGUGUCAUGAACGCUAAAGUUACCGUAAAUGAUGAAGUUAUUAGCAGUAUUGGGCAAGGAAUUUGUGUCUUCAUCGGAAUAUCGAAUACCGACAGUAAAAAGGAUAUGGAAUAUAUUGUACGGAAAUUACUAAGCAUAAAGUUAUUUGAUGAUGAAUCUGAGAAGAAAUGGAAGAAAAGUGUAUCAGACAGAGAUUUUGAAAUACUCUGUGUUAGUCAGUUUACUCUCUACAACACAUGGAAGGGUAAUAAACCUGACUUCCACAAUGCAAUGCCAGGUGACAAAUCAAAAGAAUUUUAUGAAAACUUCCUGCAAAUGUUGAAGGCUGCUUACAAACCAGACAAAGUUAAAGACGGCAAAUUCGCAGCCUACAUGCAGGUAAGCAUACAAAACGACGGCCCAGUGACGUUCGAGAUAGAAUCUCCAGCCAGUCUGCGCAAUCCUAAGGAACGAAAUGGCACCAAAGCGGAAAACAAAGAGAUUCAAGAAGAUAAUUUAGAUUGAAGAUAUUAUUAUAGGUAGAAACUGAUAUUAUAAUUGAUAUUAUUUAUAAG